AUGAGAGAUCAAUGUGAAGCUCUCAUACUGAGUAAUUCUCAAAUCAAUUGUUACAGAGUCCACAAAGAAGACCAGGCGACUGAUAUGAAGGCGUGGGAACGCAAGACUAUUCAGUCGAUGCGUGGCUUUAUGAUGAAUCAUUCGGUCGUUCUACGUCAUGUGGCUACUACCUGGAAUUCCGCUGAUGGUAUUACCCGUGGUACCUUCCCUAAUAAGGUUAGUGAUGAUAUGGUCAAGGCAACGGCCGCAUGGUGGAAGACCGAUGAUUUUACACUUGAAGCCCCUUGGGGUAUGUCAGUGGACUUUGACUUUGAACUGGUUGACGAAGGUAUCAUCAGUGAUGCUAAGGAAGAGGCCGCUGAUGAGACUGCGGAUCCCGUAAACCGGGUGGCUAAGCUGACGCUUGAGAGUGCUGAUGGCUCUUUGGACCUCAGUAUUAGGAAGCAUCAGGAUUUAUUACGCCGACUUAGAAGAUGGCAAGCGAAGGCUCUGAAGAAGGCGUACCAAGAACCCUCAUGGGAAGAAGCUUGGUUAAGUCUUUUAUUAUGGAAGCAGUCUUCUUCGAAGGAGCUUUCAUUAAUUAAGUCAGUCAUCUUGGGUACCACCGACGCUGAGGGUAAGCACAAG